AGACACCCUGUGACGGUCCUAAUCCUUUAACCAGCGCAUGCGCAAUACGGAAUUCCUCUUUCUCGGUGGUCGCCAUGGCGGACGCAAAAAAAAAGGUUCCGGCGGUCCCUGAGAGCCUUCUAAAAAGGCGAAAGGCCUUCGCUGCCAUGAAGGCCCUCCGCAUCAAGAAGAUGCUGGCAGAGAAGAAGGUCCGUAAGGUGACCAGGAAACUGAUCUUUAAGAGGGCAGAGAAGUACCACAAGGAGUACAGGCAGAUGUACAGGCGUGAGAUCCGCCUGGCACGUAUGGCACGCAAGGUGGGGAACUAUUACGUGCCACCUGAGCCCAAACUGGCUUUUGUCAUCAGGAUCAGGGGUAUCAACGGUGUUCCUCCAAAGGUCCGUAAAGUCCUGCAGCUGCUCCGUCUCCGCCAGAUCUUCAACGGUGUGUUUGUCAAGUUGAACAAGGCUUCAAUCAACAUGCUCAGGAUUGCAGAGCCUUACAUUGCUUGGGGAUACCCCAACCUGAAGUCUGUGCGUGAGCUCAUCUACAAACGCGGCCACGGCAGGAUGAGGAAGCAACGCAUCGCCCUCACAGACAACGCUCUAGUGGAGAAGGCUCUCGGCAAGUAUGGCAUCAUCUGUGUUGAGGACCUCAUCCAUGAGAUCUUUACAGUUGGCAAGAACUUCAAACCUGCCAACAACUUCCUGUGGCCUUUCAAGCUGUCAUCUCCCCGUGGCGGUAUGAACAAGAAGACCACACAUUUCGUGGAGGGAGGCGACGCUGGCAACAGGGAGGAUCAGAUCAACAGACUGGUCCGAAGGAUGAACUAAAUCUAAGGUUUUCAAAGGACUCAAAAGUACAAUAAAAUGUGGAAAACAA